AUGGAGGUAAAAAACAAAACAGUACAGAAAAAAAAGUUGAGUUUUUUCUUAAUUUUUAUUUUACAUCAUGCAACUGGGAGCUUGGUAUACUGUAAGAUUCGUUUUAAUUCUUGUUUUUUGGUGCAGAGGUGUUACAAUGAGAAAGAGUACACGUCCAAGAAAAUUGACCUUACUCUGAAGCUUUCUCCCUGCGGUGAGAAUGCAGAAGAGAGGAGGUUGACAAGGUCAUCAUCAGUAGAGGGUGUGGGAAGUAGGGCCCAGUGGGACCCAUCUCUUGGCAGAUCUUGCUCACUGCCAGCAGAGAGGCAGAGGAGGGUGUCUGUACUCUCACCUCAAGUGCUGGCCUGGGUGGCGGCUUCUGCUGUCAAUGCCAAUACACCAUCAUCACUUCCCCAACUCAGGGCAUACCCAAAUCCUUCUCCGGCUUCAGCGCUUCAGGGUCUCAGACAUUCAGCUGAAGGAAUUGCUUCGAACAUCCAAACAUCAACCAAGCAGGAAAACAAUUUCAUGGCUUCCCAGAAGACAACAUCCAAGGAAAUUUCAACAAGGCCUGCAGACACUAAGCUGGAGAAUCCUGCGAAAAAGCAUAGGCUUGGUAACUACUGCAGCCUUAAAGGUGAUGUAAUGGAGAUCCUGAGACAGAUGCCAAGUGUGAGUACUACUGGAGAUGGCCCUAAUGGGAAGAGAAUAGAAGGGUUUCUGUACAAGUACAGAACUGGUCAAGUGUGUAUUGUUUGUGUCUGCCAUGGUAGUUUCCUCACUCCAGCUGAGUUUGUGAUGCAUGCUGGGGGCAAGGAAGUGGCCAAUCCCAUGAAGCAUAUCACUGUUUUUUCUAACUCAUUUUAG